GACGCCGAGGGGCCGGAAAGCUUGACGACAUCAUGGAGAGAUUCUGUCCAUAAAAGCUGGGAGGCCCGGGUUCAUCGUAGAAGUCGACUUCGUAUCCAGCAGCCACAUACUCGCCAAACUCCACCCCUUCUGGCACCGACGCCAUUCAGACAGCUUCACUUGACUGUCAUUUUCGUUCGAUUGUCUCAACAUCCACCCAACAUGAAGCUUUUCGCUGUCGCCUCGCUUCUGGCCCUGGCCACGGCCUCGCCGACUCCUACCCAGCCCGAAGCUGGAACGCCUCGAAUGGCAAAGAGGGCGGGAAUCUCAGAUGCGGCCAACAUAGGAUUCGCGACGCUCAACGGCGGGACGAAGGGAGGUGCGGGUGGUACCGUGACAACGGUGUCAACGCUAGCGCAGUUCACCGAGGCCGUCAACGAGAAGGUCAGCGACCCGGCCGUAAUCUUUGUCCAGGGAGUCAUCAGUGGCAACGAGAAGGUGCGGGUUGGCAGCAACAGGAGCAUCAUUGGUUUGCCUGGAUCGGGCUUGAAGGGCAUUGGCCUCCACUUCAGGCGCCAGAGCAACCUCAUCGUGCGCAACCUUGUCUCCUCGUUCGUUGAGGCUGACCAGGGCGAUGCGCUGAAAAUCGAGGGAAGCACCAAUGUCUGGGUCGACCACUGCGAAUUUUACUCGGCGCUCGUUGACGACAAGGACUUUUACGACGGGCUGGUGGACUCCUCGCAUGGCUCUGACUUCGUCACCAUUUCCCACACCUACUUCCACGACCACUGGAAGGCUUCCCUCGCCGGACACAGCGACAGCAACGGGGACGAGGAUUCGGGCAAGCUCCACGUCACGUACGCCAACAACCACUGGAAGGACAUCAACUCGCGCGGCCCGUUGUUCCGGUUCGGCACGGGACACAUCUACAACUCGUACUUUGAGAACAUGGGCACGGCCAUCAACACGCGCAUGGGCGCUCAGGUGCUCGUUCAGAGCAACGUCUUCAAGAACGUGGAGGCUCCCGUUACCAGCCGCUACUCGGACGAGGUCGGAUAUGCCACGGUUAUUGACACCGACCUCGGUGGUGGCGUAAACGAUGCGCCGGAGGGGAAUAUGGCGACGGACUCGGUUGGGUACGAGUACUCGCUGCUCGGGUCGGGUGCGGUUGCAGGGACGGUGCCGGGUGAGGCUGGUGCUAUUCUGACUUUUUAAGUCGAACCUGAAGUGGUGAGGAAGGAGUUGGAAAUUGAAGAAGCAAGGUUGAGCUUUUGGACUGGAAGGACCAGAUUUGAAGGGCCACUUUGUGGACUUGCCUGUGCUUAACAGAGGGAAGGAACAACCUGAAAGCGCUGCCUAUUAGCUGCCAAAGCCAUCAGGGCUAAAUGAAAUUAGUGAACCCA